GUGUGUCAGACCACGCCCCCUCAGCUCAGCACAUAAAGCUGAGCAUCACAGUGGGUUUCACUGCAUUCAACAUCUGAUCUUCCACAGCAGGAAAAAUGUUCUGCCUGAGCAAUUUCACUGUUGUCAUCUCAUGUGUGCUCCUCUUCCUCAUCCAGCCAGGUCGUGGAUCUGAGAUUAUUCAAGGGAAAGAAGUCGUGCCACACUCGAUGCCUUUCAUGGCUUAUGUGACAAGUCCAAACUCUUUCUGUGGAGGGACAUUAAUCCAUCCACAGUGGGUCCUGACAGCUGCCCACUGCAGUCGUGUGAAUACGGUGACUUUGGGAGCACACUCCAUCAAGAAAAAGGAGAAAAAAUCAAAGCAAAUCCGAAAGGUUGUAAAACGCGUUCCUCAACCCAAGUUUGUCAGUGCUGCCCGGGGCAACGACCUCAUGUUGCUCAAGCUUAACAAACGAGUGAGGAGAACCAGGGCAGUGAAAUGGCUCAGGUUUAGAAGAACUGCGAGAGACCCGGCAGCUGGCAGCAAGUGUGUGGUGGCUGGAUGGGGAGUAACCGAAAACAACCGAACAUCAGACGUCCUCAAGGCUGUUACCGUGACUGUGGUCAGCAGAAAGAAGUGCAACUCUCGCAGCUAUUACAACCGCAACCCUGUUAUCACCACAGGCAUGAUAUGUGCUGGUUCAAAUGGUAGAAAAAGGGCUGAUACCUGUCAAGUAAGUGUGAAGAAUACGCUGCCAGUCAAAGAUUUGGACACACCUUCUCAUUUAAUGGUUUUUCUUUAUUAAUACUACUGUCAAGAUAUAUAGCAAAGACAA